AUGGAACGAAUGUGGUUGCUGCUGCUUCUCACAGUUAGAGUGCUUGCAGGGUCUGCACAGUUCAAUGGCUACAACUGUGACGCCAACCUCCACAGUAGGUUUCCUGCUGAAAGAGACAUCAGUGUCUACUGCGGGGUACAGGCCAUUACAAUGAAGAUUAAUUUUUGCACCGUGCUUUUCUCGGGUUAUUCAGAAACGGAUCUGGCCCUGAACGGAAGGCAUGGGGAUUCCCACUGCAGGGGGUUCAUCAAUAACAACACCUUCCCUGCCGUGGUCAUUUUCAUCAUCAAUCUCAGCACCUUGGAGGGCUGUGGAAACAAUUUAGUGGUAUCCACAGUUCCUGGAGUCAGCACUUAUGGAAACGCAUCUUCGGUACAAAUAGGAAAUAUUUCAGGGUACAUUGAUACCCCAGAUCCACCAACAAUCAUCAGCUAUCUACCUGGGCUUCUUUACAAAUUUAGUUGUAGUUAUCCACUGGAAUACCUGGUUAAUAAUACCCAGCUUGCUUCGUCCUCAGCUGCUAUUUCCGUGAGAGAGAACAAUGGCACAUUUGUCAGCACUUUGAACCUGCUCCUUUAUAACGAUUCAACCUACAAAGAGCAGUUAAUUAUCCCAAGCAUAGGAUUACCCUUGAAAACCAAAGUAUUUGCAGCUGUAGAAGCCACCAAUCUGGAUGGCAGAUGGAAUGUCUUAAUGGAUUAUUGCUACACCACGCCAUCGGGGAACCCAAAUGACGGUAUACGGUAUGAUCUCUUCCUUAGCUGCGACAAAGAUCCUCAGACCACCGUCAUUGAAAACGGCCGAAGCCAGCAGGGCCGGUUUUCAUUUGAAGUGUUCCGAUUUGUGAAACACAAGAACCAGAAAACGUCCACCGUCUUCCUGCACUGUGUCACGAAGCUCUGCAGAGCCGACGACUGCCCCCUCCUCAUGCCAAUUUGCGGCCACAGAGAAAGGAGAGAUGCGGGGAGGAGGACAACCUGGAGCCCUCAGAGCACUUCUGGAAACGCGGUCCUCUCCGCUGGUCCCAUCAUUACCCGGAGUGAAGAGACGCCAACCAACAAUUCACAGCUUGGUUCGCUGGGUCAACCUCCUUUCCAGCUGAACUCCAUCACCAGUGCACUGAUAUCAGGCAUGGUCAUCCUGGGAGUCAUGAGCUUUUUUCUUCUCCUUUGCUCACUGGCCCUUCUACACAGGAAGGAACCCACCAGUUUGGUGUUGAAUGGCAUAAGAAACCCAGUUUUUGAAUGACUAUGACAGGUCCUUGCUCUCAGAAGCAGCCUUCACUGACUAUAUGUGUGUGACUCAGUCAGUCUUCCAUCUGAACUGAAUGCCAGCCAGCACUUGUUAUGUGUAGGCUUGUUAGCUGUAACGGUGUAGCUCAUCAGCUGAUGAUAGAGAAUUCUGAUAAUACUGCUAUUGCCAUUUGUGUCUGGGGUCAACCCUAUUUGUAUGGCACCAGAUGGGUAUACUAACUAUAAACAAAAAAGUAUUCAGGACUUAGGUCUUACAGGAUCAGUCAUAUUUCCUUUUAUUUGAAUUUUCUUUUGAUUGUUGGCUAUGGAGAUAAAAGGUGGGCUUAGAAAAAAAUUGUUGCAUUUUUUUCCCGAAGAAUUAAAGCCCAGUGUGAUGACAUUUAGAUUUGCACACGUUGUCCUAAAAUAAAGGUUGCUUUUUGUUUUCUACCAGCUAAUUCCAGCUUCGGGAUUUGUUUUAAUUGGAUUGGUCAAUUUGGACACCUGAGAUUUAAUUACUCUGUGACCUCUUAUAUUUUUGGCUGAUUUCCAUGUCUGAUGACAUUCAUUUUAAAAGAAACUCUUGGGAAAUGUAUUUUAACCUGGAACAUCCAUUUGGGUAGCAAAUAGCAGAAAUGGUUGUUAACUUCCAAGGGAUACUAAAACCAGAAAAAAAAAAAAUUUAAACCCAUUGCCGUAAAGUCAAUUCUGACUCAUAGGGACCCUAUAGGACAGAGUAGAACUGCCUCAUAGGGUUUCCAAGGAACGGCUGGUGGAUUCAAACUGCCAACCUUUUGGUUAACAGCCAAGCUCUUAACCACAGUGCCCAAAUGAACCCUAAAUCAUUAUUCAUUUGGAUAAAAAUGGCUGUAAUCAACUUUCUCCUUCUGAUUCAUGUGAAAACAUCAACACAUGUUAACUCUCCUCCCAGGUAAACAAUUCAGUUGCUGUCACAGCUGUGCUUCCAGCAGGGAGGCGACUGUGCAAAGAUUAUUCUUAAUCAGUACCUGGAAAACAAACCGUGAUUGUGGGAGAGGACGUUGCCACCCCCACCUGGGCACAGUGUGCCUAUGUGGGUUUUUAACAACCUCUUGUUUCCUUUUGCCCUUAGAACAAAGAGGAAAUCUAAGGUGUCAUAAUAGUCAUGUAAUAAAUAGUGUUUUCCUCUAAUAGUAAACUUCAAGAAGUUUUGAUCCUUUAUCGGUUUUGCAAAAACAAAACAAGCCAAGUUUUAACCAGUCCAUGUUCUUAAAAACACACACACACACACACACACACACACAGAUCUUCGAACUUUCCCUGUGUUCAAGCCAAACCAUACACACAAUUGAAUAGAUAAAACAAUUCAGUGACAAACUCCAAAACUUAGCAUGUAGAGCUCUAGAAGUGCCAUAUUAACUAUCAAAGUUGCCAUAAAAACUAAUUUCUAGUCAACGUUUGUGACCUAUCUUAAAGGACUAAAUUUACCCACCGCAUGCAAAUCGCUAUACAAUUUGAGAUUUAUUUCAAAUGAAGUAGUUACACUCUGAAUUUAAUAAUUAAAUUAAUCAUCAAAUAAAAAAAACCUUUUCUUCAGUUUACCUGAAUAUUUCAGGAGGAAGUGUGUAUAUUAUGAGGAUAAUUGCCUCAACCUACUAUUUCAAGGUAUAAACACAGCCAAACUGAAAUGGGAUCCAGAAACUUACUGGAAAAUUUCUUUAAUAUAGAAAAAGCGUAAGUCAUUCAGGGAAUCAGUUUAUUCUUCUCUCUGUUAUUUAAAAAUGACUUUGAAGAGACCAUUCUACAAUUUUUAUUUGCUUGAAAAUUUACUGUCUAACUAAAAGAGAAAAAAAUCCUAUGGGGGAGGAAAAAAAAUGCAGCAUGCUACUUAUGUGACCUUAUAAGUAUGUGGAUAAUAUUAAAAUAAUCCAGUUAAUCUAUUUCAGAUAUUUUGAAUGAAUUGCCAUUGAUCCAAGGACUAAGUCAGAACUUAAUUCAUAUCAUUGAAGCCAGUUUGAUUUUGAUGUUUUGGGGAUAUACUUCACUUUCUGAGUAAAGACAUAUUUUACGAGCAACUUAAGUUUCAAAUUAUUUUUUGCUUCCCCUUCAUCAUAAUGGGGGAACCAGAACUAUAAUGAAACAAGCCAGGUUUAUUUUGUGUAGUUUUCUUCUUUUAAAUCUGCAGUUAUAAGUAGAAUUUAGUUAUGCUGAAUAUUUCAGUUACUGUAGUGUGAAAACCUUACAAAAUAUGUGCAAAUAUUCCUUCAGUUUUAAUACCUCAAACUGUUUUUGGCACUUCAGGGGUAAGGUCUGAUGACAUGUAAGAGAUGAUUGUUUAAUAAAAUAAUCGAAAACAAAUAUCUUUAAAACAUUGACCUGAUUUUUUUUUUUUUAAAGAUAUUUCUCUUU